CCGAAAAGAGUUCCCGGGGAGAGUGCCUCCCCCAUUGGAAAGACACUUCACUAAUGCGACUACACUAGUAUGUAGUUCGAAAGUAUUAACACAAAUAACACAAGGGAACCUAAAAAUAAAGUUAAACGAGAAAACCCAACAAAAAAGACUGAAAAUUGAAAUUAUAUUUCAAAAUACUAUUGUCACGUUGACGGAAGUCGGUAUCCAAUGUCCAUCGGAUGCUGUUAUAGUAAAGGUACUACAGGUGAUCCAAAAGCUCCAGUUGUAUCUCAUUUUAAUGUCGUAAACAAUGGAUAUUUCAUAGGAAAGCGAAAUAGACUGAACCAAAAACAGCACCGACUAUGCAUUCAGAAUCCCCUCUUCCACGCUUACGGAUCUAUCAUAGGAUUGAUUGGUGCUUUAAAUCACGGUACCACUGUGGUACUUCCAUCUGACAGAUACAAACCUGAAAAAAAUUUAGAUGCUUUGAAAAAUCACAAAUGUACAGUAGUCUAUGGUACUCCUACAAUGUACGUUGACCUGGUUAACCUCCAAAAAACGAGACAAGAAAAAUUACAUUUAGAAGUAGCAGUCAGUGGUGGUGCCAUAUGUUCACCGCAUUUAUUUGAAAAUAUGCAAAAAGUUCUUGGUGUUCAGCAGGUUAAGUCUAUUUAUGGUUUAACCGAAACCUCUGGAUCCACAUUUCAAUCACUGGAAGACGAUGAUGCAGAAAAAUGUACUAAAACUGUGGGAUACUUGCAAGAUCAUUUGGAGGCCAAAAUCGUUGAUGAAAAUGGAACUAUUGUACCAAGAGGUACUGUCGGAGAACUGUAUAUUAGAGGGUAUUCGGUUAUGUUAAACUAUUAUGAGGAUGAAGAAAAAACUAGAGAAUGUAAAGAAGAAAAUGGAUGGUUCCAUACAGGGGAUUUGGCUUUAUUGAACGACGAUGGAUAUGCAGUAAUCGCAGGCAGGUUAAAGGACAUGAUUAUUAGAGGUGGUGAAAAUAUAUAUCCAAGAGAGAUAGAAGACUACUUAAAUACUCAUCCUGAUAUACUAGAAUCACAAGUUGUCGGUCUGCCACAUGAACGAUUAGGCGAAGAAGUGUGCGCCUGCUUAAGAACAAAGGAUAAUAAACAAUUAACGGUGGACGAUAUCAGAGCAUUCUGCAUGGGAAACAUGUCUACUUUUAAAUUUCCCACUGUAGUUAAAAUUUUGAAAGAGUUUCCCAAAACGACGUCUGGAAAAGUGCAAAAAAACAAUUUGAUUAAAAUUUUAACGGAAAUAUAAAUAAUGAC